AUGGCAUGCUUGUCGUACCAGACGUGUGCGUUGAUGUCAUCGUCGUCAUCAUCAACACCAAAGACACAGUCUCGCACGUGCCAUCUUCGUGUUCGUGCGAAUACAGUAGUAGCUGGAGCGAGCACCAAGAAGACGAGUGGGUUGAGGAGAUUGAACGCGGUUGCGGAGACGGGGGCGAUGGAGGUCGUGGAGCUGAAGAAGGGGAUAGCUGAGCUGUACGACGAGUCGUCUGGCUUAUGGGAGGACAUCUGGGGCGACCACAUGCAUCACGGCUUCUACGACCCAAACGCCGACGUUUCGGUCUCUGCUCCAGACCACCGCGCUGCCCAGAUUCGCAUGAUCGACGAAGUCCUCCGAUUCGCCGGCAUUUCUGAGCAAGCCCCAAUCAGAGGGCCUAAGAACGUGGUUGAUGUUGGGUGCGGGAUUGGGGGCAGCUCCAGAUACCUGGCAGGUAAAUAUGGGGCCAAUUGCAAAGGCAUCACCCUCAGCCCUGUUCAAGCGCAGAGGGCCAAUGCUCUUGCUGAUGCUCAAGGGUUGGCCAGCAAGGCUUCCUUUCAAGUUGCAGAUGCUCUGGAUCAACCAUUUCCUGAUGGGCAAUUUGAUCUGGUCUGGUCCAUGGAGAGUGGGGAACACAUGCCUGACAAAGCAAAGUUUGUGAAUGAGUUGGUUCGAGUUGCUGCCCCAGGAGCAACAAUAAUAUUAGUGACAUGGUGCCACAGGGAUCUUGGUGCUUCUGAAAAAGCCUUGAAGCCAGAGGAGGAAAAGCUUCUGGACAAGAUAUGCAAUGCUUUCUAUCUUCCUGCCUGGUGUUCUACUGCUGAUUAUGUCCAAUUACUUCAGUCUCUAUCCCUCCAGGACAUCAAGGCAGAAGAUUGGUCUCCGUAUGUUGCCCCAUUUUGGCCAGCUGUUAUACGCUCGGCAUUGACAUGGAAGGGUUUCACAUCGCUCUUGCGCUCCGGAACAAAAACAAUAAAGGGUGCAUUGGCAAUGCCAUUGAUGAUCCAAGGUUUCAAGAAGGAUCUUAUCAAGUAUUCCGUUAUUACAUGUCGAAAGCCCGAAUAA